ACAAUAAACCACUAAUAAAAUUUAAAAAUAUGACGAUACUUUUGAGAACGAUCAUUUCAGGCAAUGCCUGAAAAAAUUUAAUAAGGCCUAGCCAUUGCUAGGCCUUACGCUACAUACAUAUUUCGACAGAUCCUACUGUCAUCAUCAGUGUACCGAGAUUCCAUAUAGGCAAUCUUAUUUAAACGAAGUGAAGUUUGUAACUCGUAAAUUUAUACGUAAUUCAACCGUAUCAAGUUGUAAACACCAAGAUCAUCAAUAAAAACAAUGUAUAAUUAAUGGUAAACGGAAUGAAGUAAAAUCAGAAUGACAAAGUUAGAUUAACAUGGUAAAGUUGUUUGUUGAGUGAGGGCUGCUCCCAUUGAAUAUGUAAUGCCUCCUUUAUUUUGAGAUGAUGAAUUGAUGGGGCGGAGUCAAGAAUACGGAAACAGUCCUUGCUUCAAGUUUGCAUGCAUUUGCAAUAAUAAUAAUAAUAAUAAUAAUAAUAAUAAUAAUAAUAAUAAUAAUAAUAAUAAUAAUAAUAAAAUUAUAUUCAAAUGUACAUUUUUAUAACAGUGGCACACGCCAACAUUAACGGUACUAUCAAGCCAAAUAUUGAAAUUUAGUGACCGUUUGGUAGAGAGGCAAUUUUCCUGCUUCUUGUGCUAAGGACCCUGGUUCAAAUCUGGCCAAUUGGAGUCAGUCGCUCAGUUUCUGUCCUCGAAUAACCCACACAAGAGACACGGGGGGGUGGGGGACAAGGUACACAUAUUAUGGCCGCCGUCGCAAUUUCUCAAGUUUGGAAUUAUGACAGCGAUAACAAAAAAAUAAAUAAACCAAGGUUCAUAGCCCCAUUCCAUUGUAUUCUUUCUUCGUAGUGUUGUUGUGAUUAUUGAUUUUUCACCUGCAACGUACGAUUAUUAGUACAAUUGCUGAUCGCGUCAUCAGAACAAAUCUGAUCUUGUUGCAAUUCGUAACUAGUAACUAUACGUAAAACCAGUUGGAUUAUUAUUCCUAAUCGGAUGAGAAGUUACACAAGGUUUGCAAACGUUUGUUAAGGAAUACCUGAGCUGGAAAGAAAUAAACAGAUAAAAUGGAAGAUAUGCAAUUUAAUGUUUUAAAGAUGGUUGUCUCAAAAUGGUAUGACGACAACAGAUCCCUUACUAUGUUGAAAGUGUUAUUCAGAGACUAUGUCACAACUGGGAAAAUGGCAACAAUAACUAACACGAUGGACUUGCUGAAUGACUUGUUUAAUUCUGCUUAUCUUACUCCAAGUGAUUUGACGAUCCUAUGUGAAACCAUUAACCUAACCAAACACUAUGCCCUCCAAGAGAGAAUCAAAAGCACUUUUCAGUCAUUCCCUGAUGUUAGGGAAGGAACUGUUUCAAUAAAAUUUAAGCCUCAUAGACAACGUCUAAUGAAAUUUGGGAUGGCGCUGACACCAGCAGAUGUCACGCUGAUUAAUGGAUUAUAUAAUACGCCUCUUAAGGAGUAUGCAGACGCAUGGAGUAUGAUCAGUGAUCUGGAAGACAAUCUAAUAAUCAAAGAAGAGGAUAUGACAGGUUUCUAUGGUUCAUUGAACAUACUGAAUCUUCGUCUGGCAUUAAAUGCACUAAAGGAAGAUAUUUCACCUGCGGAUACACUACAAGUUCCGGAUGCGUACCAGAUGCCAGCAAUGUCUCCGUUGCAAUUCAAUCAACUACUCGAAGAUGUGUCCAAGUGGUGGGAACACUAUGGAAACCUGAAUAUGUUAAAAGUAAUACUAAGCGAAUUUAAUGUUAUUCCUGUAGCACUGAUAGAGGAGGCAACUAAUCCACGUCCUCUCUUUGAGCAACUUAAAGGCAGCGGGCUUAUCAGUAAAGUAAACGUUGAUGUUAUCAUCCAAACUGUUGUUUUGGGUGGCCAAAAUGGCGUAGAACCGAAAAUCAAAGAAUUGAUACCGACAUUUGCAGGAUUAAGUCAAGUUGUAAUCACCAAAUUUUCAAAGCAUCGAAGAAAUUUACUCGAAUUUGGCAAGGUUAUAGGCGGAAGUAACAAGGAAAAAAUUGGUUAUUUGUUUAACCUGUACGUACCCGAACUAAAGGACCAGUGGAGUUUGAUAUUUCAAUUGGAAAAAGGUGGUAUUCUUACUGAUGACCUACAGGUAAAGGAAGCAUUCGUUAACAAACUCCUGGACAAUGAUAUGAUUGCUGAAGCUCAAGCACUGAAUACAUUUUAAUAUGAAACGAGAUUAUGACGAUUAUAAAACAACGAAUGAAACACUAGAUGAAGCACCUUACAUACUAAUUUUAUUGACUAUCCACUAAAAACAAAAACAAAAAACAAAAAACAAAAACAAUAUACUGCAUACUAAAAACAGUACUGCACAGAAAUUACAAAUCCAAAAUCAAAACAACAUAAUUUAUGUAUUGUAUAAAAAUAGUAUAAUUAGUAAAAUAUAAGGACAGAUGCAUUCUAUUUGAAUAGCGAUACAGUACAUGUGUGGAUAUUAGGAAAGCAUUUUUAAGCUCUCCACUCUUACAUAACAAGUAUAUCAUAUUCUGCCAAGUAACAAAUUGAACGUGCCUCUUAACACUUCUGGUUACAUUAGAGGUUCCUUUAUAAUAUACACUUCACAAUAUCGGACGCAUUGCAAUCAAGGUCAUUAACAGAGGCAUCAUUAUAAUUUUUCAUCAUCAUAAUCAUAUUUAUUAAAAUUUUCAUCACAUUUACAUCAUUAACAUCAUUAUCAUCCAUCAUCGUUACCAUCAUCAUUGACAGUAUCAUCAUUAUCAGACGCAUCGCUUGAUUACAAUAAUUUUCGUCGUGCAGAAGUUGAUUUUUGCACAGACGUAUCGUUCAUAUGUACUCUACACAUCAGAGGACAUUCACCUGUGAUCCAUCAACAAGAGUAUAAGCUAUCUCGUUAGUCAAUUACUCAUCAUACUUUAUAUACAGCACUUUUCACGCAAUUUUGUGAAGAUCAGAGCGUUUUGAAGCGUGGACUAGCUCUAACUUUGUUCUCUUCCACAGUCAACGUACCUGGUAAUUGAUACCAGGUACUCUCGUCUGUCAACAGCAAGGGCUGUGAACAGUACACCGGCGUAAAUACUUUUUACUCUUUCUUCAUUCACUAUUUUCAACAGCUUUUAUCCUUAUUAUUUCUUUUUUUUUCUCAGAUUUGGUCAUCCUUGUUAUUCUUUCUAUUAUAUAUCUAUCCCUCUUAAACCCACCACUGGCGAAACCAGCGUUGUACAUAGGUUGCGAAUAUUAUAGUUUAGUUUAAUUUUGAUGCUUUAAAAAAAAAAAUUGUUUGAGCUAUUGAAGAUUAGUUUGUAGGUUCUCGUAAUAUUAUCAGAUAUUUUACUACAUAGAAUGACAUACUAUUCAAAUAAUAUUUAAAUAUUAUUUGAAUAGUAAUACAAUGUUAAAAAUUAUAAUUUGACAUAAUUAUAUCUUAUAAAGUAGAUUCUUCUAUACU